AUGCCCUCGGACAAGACGAUCGGCGGCGGCGACGACGCCUUCAACACCUUCUUCUCUGAGACGGGCGCCGGCAAGCACGUGCCUCGCUGCGUCUUCCUGGAUCUCGAGCCCACGGUGAUCGACGAGGUGCGCACCGGCACCUACCGCCAGCUCUUCCACCCCGAGCAGCUCAUCUCCGGCAAGGAGGACGCCGCCAACAACUUCGCGCGCGGCCAUUACACCAUCGGCAAGGAGAUCGUCGACCUGUGCCUGGACCGCAUCCGCAAGCUCGCGGACAACUGCACGGGCCUGCAGGGCUUCCUGGUGUUCAACGCCGUUGGCGGCGGCACGGGAUCGGGCCUGGGCUCCCUGCUGCUGGAGCGCCUGUCCGUGGACUAUGGCAAGAAGUCGAAGCUGGGCUUCACGGUGUACCCCUCCCCCCAGGUGUCCACGGCCGUCGUCGAACCCUACAACUCCGUCCUGUCCACUCACUCCCUCCUGGAGCACACCGACGUGGCCGUCAUGCUGGACAACGAAGCCGUCUACGACAUCUGCCGCCGCUCCCUGGACAUCGAGCGCCCCACCUACACCAACCUGAACAGGCUCAUCGCCCAGGUCAUCUCCUCCCUCACCGCCUCCCUGCGUUUCGACGGCGCCCUCAACGUUGAUGUCACCGAGUUCCAGACCAACCUGGUGCCCUACCCCCGCAUCCACUUCAUGCUUUCCUCUUACGCGCCUGUGAUCUCUGCUGAGAAGGCCUACCAUGAGCAGCUGUCCGUGGCCGAGAUCACCAACGCCGCCUUUGAGCCGGCCUCCAUGAUGGCCAAGUGCGACCCCAGGCACGGAAAGUACAUGGCCUGCUGCCUCAUGUACCGCGGGGACGUGGUGCCCAAGGACGUGAACGCUGCUGUGGCCACCAUCAAGACCAAGAGGACCAUCCAGUUCGUGGAUUGGUGCCCCACCGGGUUCAAGUGCGGCAUCAACUACCAGCCGCCCACUGUGGUGCCUGGCGGCGACCUGGCCAAGGUGCAGCGCGCUGUGUGCAUGAUCUCCAACUCCACUGCCAUCGCUGAGGUCUUCUCCCGCCUCGACCACAAGUUCGACCUCAUGUAUGCCAAGCGUGCCUUUGUGCACUGGUAUGUGGGUGAGGGUAUGGAGGAGGGUGAGUUCUCUGAGGCCCGUGAGGAUCUGGCCGCGCUCGAGAAGGAUUAUGAGGAGGUCGGCGCCGAGUCUGCUGAGGGCGAAGGCGAGGAAGAGGGCGAGGAGUACUGA